AUGAAGCUGAGCGGAUAUGGAUUCAGGACUACGAUUUCAUGUAUGAUUAUUCUUUCAAUGAACCUCAAAACUGGCAUCACUCUAUCCCAUGUAGAUGCAUCUGGACAUCGACGUCAAAUGCGAAGUCAGACGCGCCAGUGCGUUCCCUCGUUGAAAGGAAUUUGCGACAGCUUCCAGUCAUUAAUAUUCUUCCAUCUCGUGCACGCGGGCGUUGGAUUCCAGGGACUUCCAUUCUCUCUCGGAUAA